AUGACGAAGUCGAAGCACAAGGGCCGGCGAUACUGCUUUAUUGCCGGUAUCCUGGACGAUGGAUCGGACGUAGCGCAUCUUUUGGGCCUUGACAUCUUUGUGGGUGGCAAGAAGAGCGGCAAGAUUGUCAAGGACUACCAUGCAAUGUUCAACCACGACCACUUUGUCGACUGGUUUGGCAGGCUCCUAGAUAAAGUUGAAAAGCUGUGGUGGUCGUCGGCCGUGUUCGUCAUGGACAAUGCAAAAUACCAAGGGCAAACCGAAAUCAACACCGAAGGGGUCAUGGAAGAAGACAGACCUACGACGAUCUGGAAGGCACUGAAGAAGCACUUGGACGAGCAUGUCCUGCCUGUCGUUGUCGCCAUGGCACAAACCCGGGGCCAUCUUGUUGUGUACUCUGCCCCCGGGUUCUCCGAGCUGCAACCAAUUGAAUUGGUGUGGGCAAACGUCAAGGGCACCGUUGGACGUGCGUAUACUUCGACAACCACAUUUCAAGAUGUACGAGAUCGCCUGGAGAAGGCGUUCUUUGAGUUGGACACAGAGGUAAUCCACAACACAAUUGAGUCAUCCACAGCAAAGCUCCUCAAGCUCCAUCGUGCUCUCCAUGACGCCGAAGCGGGGGCAGCAGACUUAUGUCGCGAGGAAAGUGAGAGUGACGCAUCCUCUGAUGUCGACACUUCGUCGUCAAGCGUGUGUGAUAGCAUGAGUGGAAGCGACAGCGAUGAUUAG